CGAAGCAAGACGGCUAGGGUUCCUCCUCUCCCGUUUCCAUCUCCAAGACGACCUGAAAGAGCUUCUCUUCUCUCCUCUCUCAACCGACCAACAUGACUAAGCGAACGAAGAAGGCUGGCAUUGUUGGAAAGUAUGGUACUCGUUAUGGGGCUAGUCUGCGAAAGCAGAUUAAGAAGAUGGAGGUUUCCCAGCAUAGCAAAUAUUUCUGCGAGUUUUGUGGAAAGUAUGCUGUGAAGAGAAAGGCAGUGGGGAUUUGGGGCUGCAAGGAUUGCGGCAAAGUCAAGGCCGGUGGUGCAUACACGUUGAACACUGCUAGUGCUGUGACUGUCAGAAGCACAAUUCGGAGGCUGAGGGAGCAAACUGAGAGCUAAGCGCCUUAGCAUUAGGCCUUUUCUAUGUCUAUUGUUGUGGUAAUUGCUUUAUCUGGCUGGUGGGUACGAACAGCUUUUAAGCAAUUCUCUUUCUAUAAUUUGAAGAACUAUUCACUUUUGUUAGAGGCAGUGGGCAUUUCAGAAGUAGAAUGGCAAUGGUAUGAUGCAGUGCAGGGGUGUCUUAAAAUUUACCCUAUCCUCUAUUUGGGUUUAAUUCGAUUAUUUGGGUGUUGAGAACUGUUUGUUCA